CACUGGGCUAGGCGUUUCCGCAGCCACUCCUGCCCCUUCCUGGUCGGGAGUACGACUCCCGCUAGGCCCGGGUGCUGCGGACGGAGGGACUCGAGCGCCGCGGCGGUCCGGUCCUGGAGUAUCUGUCACAGGAUCGCAGCCCAGGGCCACCCUAGGCCAGGAGCAGCUUCCCUGGCCCUGGUCCAUGCGGACUCCAGGAGCCUGCGGCGGAGAUUCCCUGGAAUCUGUAGAGAAUCUCUUCUUUGGGUAUGAAGCCACUAAUCAGUAAUUUCAGUGGAACAUCCAGAAUUGCUUAUGUAAGCUAAGACUGCAGGAUUUUGCAGCUUCAGAAUUGAGUGAAAUCUAAUAAAAGGAUUCCAUCAGCUAUUAAAUGUGCAGAGGAAGACAUCUUAAAAAUCAGAUUACUGACUUUUAAAAAAACUGAUGUGGACUAUACUGGUACAUCUUCAAAAGAAUAAUGGACUGGAAUAUCAAACCAGAAGAUAAUGCUGCUCUUCCAUCCUUUUUAGAAAGUCAGUCAAGUUUUUUGAGAAAAGCCUUAAGUCCACAUACCUUAAUACCUCAGAGUUCUUGUAACUAUUCUAGAAAUAAUCAGGAGGCAUUUGUUUGCCCUAACAAUAAAAAUGCAACUUUACAAUCAUUGCAGUAUCAAAAUAUUGAAAAUCCUCAGAAUCCUCAGCAAGCUUCUCAUCCAGAUAUAUCUAGUAGGGUAGUUGUCAUCCCAGAAACUUCCACUGAAAGAAUUCAUUUUUCACAGUUGAAAGAAGUACCAAAUCAAGCAGAUCAGCGUUCACAUAGAUCACUUGGAGCUUCAAGAAACUCUUGGUUAAGUUCUUCAGUAAGUGAUUCUAUCUUUUUUAGCAGAGGAUUACCUGGUGCAGCAUCUAGUGUCGGAGGUAGUGUACAUAAUGCACAUAAAUCUCAGGACCAGUAUGUCUCCUCAAAUACCUAUACUAUGCACCUACAGAUGCUGUCAUCUAAUCCUUCAAAAGUUCCUGCAUUGUAUCCAGGAAAUCAAGGAUCUAAUUUAUACUCAGCAGAACAGCAAGUUGGUUGGGUACCACCCUGUACAUCCAAUGGACUAACUGUGCCCUUUCAUCAACCAAAUCAGUAUCUUGAUUCGCAAAGAGGUGUAGUAACCAAUUUAUCUCAUACAAACAUUCAAAAACAAUCUGCUAUUUCAGCUACACCAUUACAGGUUACAAAUAAUCAACUUUUAAACCCUAGUGUAGCUGCUGCAGCACCUCUACCACCAUAUCCAAUGGUACAGUCACGUCAGUAUGCAGCUGUUAGUACAGUUACUGAGACCAGUAAUAGAAAUCUUCCCAAUUACUACUGUAGACUAAUCCCACCAUUUCAAAAAAAUAGUCAGUAUUUAGCUCCAAAUCCAUCUAAUGAAGUUUUACAUACUCAACAAGCACAUCUUUCUGAAACAAAAAGAGGUUUUGGAAGAGAUUGUCAACAGUGGCAGAACACUAAUGACAAUGGCCAUCAGAAACUGAAUGUUGAAACAAACUAUGCUUUUAAUGAACCAGGAAAUUCUUUUGCAGUUGGUGGAAUACCUCACUAUAAAAAUAAACAAAUGAGAACAAGUCUUUGUGAUGCAUCUUCUGAGUUAGUGAGCAGAAUCCCAGGACCAAGCAACCAGAUAAAUAGUCAGUCUCUUGGAGAAACUAGUGGUUUUCUUGGGAAAGGUAGUGGUUCUCUCAGGGAAGAUAGUUCUUUUGUAAGAGGUAGUGGUUCUCAUAAAGAAGGUGGUCAUUCAGUUAAUUCAGAAAUUGAUAUAUCAAAUGAAAGUAAUUCCAAGAUAACAAAAGAAGGCUUAUUUAAGGAUAUAAAAAAAUUACUGGCAAUGAAAACUGAAUUUUUGAAAUUAGCAAAAGAAAUUAAAAUUAAAAAAUCCUUUCUUUCUGUAAGCCAGGACAAAACACUUAAUUCUUCCUUGCCACAGAAUCCUGCUGUGUCUCUGCAGCUUCCUUCUAAGAGUCAGUCUUUUCCACAGUUAAUGUCAGUUAAUUCAGAGCAUCAGUCACUAACAGUAAUGCAAUCUACAGAAGAUACAAAUAAAACUAACAGCCCAACAAACACUACUAUUAAAGAAGUAGAUUGUAGCAGACAGAUUAACCAAGGCAAUUCAGUUUUGCCAAAUUCUGCCUCUUCCGGAAAAUUGCAAACAGAGCACAUGAAUACUCCUUUGCAGGAAACCUCCCCAGUGUGUCAGAAAAUCCAAUCAGCUAUUAAUCCUGCACACACACUAUCAAAUCAGACCCCCUUAGAUUUUAAUAAAGGUGACAGACCUCAACAAUUAUCCAAUGAUAUGAUUAAAAUUUCUGCUGCCCAACAAGGACAAAAAGCUUUGAAAAAUAAAGAAGACAAUUACAAAAUUCUUUCUCAACUCCUUAAAAGCAACAAUACAACUUUAGAUUUUACCCCCAAAAUAAUGAAUCCAGAAACAUCAGUAAAAGUUGUGAGUGAAAAUGUGCAAGAUUGUAAUAAAUCUAUCCGUUCAGAAGUAAAACAAAAAAUGGAAGUCGCUAGUACUCAGUCACAAUCCAAAAACACAGAAAUUCCAGUGACUACUGUUGCAAAUGCAAAUGGUUUAGAUAAUUCUAUUAAAUUGAAAGAUAGGACUUCAGUUUUGCUUAAUGAGAAAUCUUGCACAAAGGAUAAUAAUUAUUCCAUGGAAGAGCUAACAGCAUGUCUUGCAUUGUGGAGAAAAACACCAUCAGAAUCCACUAACAUUCAAAAGUGUGACAAAUUAGGAAAAAACAAAGUAUCGGAUGGAAUGACAUCUCCUACAGCUAUAAGAAACAUAAAUGAAACAGUUUUGCCAAUUUUAAGUGUUCCUAUUGGGCACAAACAUGAAUCUGGAAAUUUAAAUUUAUCAAAGGGUAUUGAACUUCAAAUUGCUGUUGUUUCACCUUUAAUCCUUUCCGAGAUAAAACCAUCAGGUGGUCAACCACUAAAGCCAACUAAAUCUUCAUUAGAAUCGGUGUUCCCGGUUAUUCAAGAAGGCAGUGUAUGUAGUUUACAAGACCAAGUUAAAGAAAAAGCAAUCGAUUCAUCAAAUGUUAAAAGAACUUCUGAUUCAACAAAUAAUUUUGCACUGAUUAAUAAGUUUGAUUCCAAAUUACAAGGCAUUAAACCAGCUGAUGGAAUAAUACAUUCAAACACAAAUUCAAAAUUUUCACCUGAAAGAAUGAAAGAAAAACCAGGCAAGUCAGAACCACACCUAUCACAUUUAGAAAAGGACAUCUGUUCUUCCAACAAUGCAAACUCAAGACAAGGUGUAGAACAAAACAAGGACCAGCAAAUACCAAUGCAUUUGGUGACUGAUACUCCAAUGAGUGAUGACUUGUUACAAAUUGCCAGUGUCUGUUCUCUUGUAGAAGGUGAUGUGUUUUAUAAUUCCCAAAUAGCCAAUAUGUUCAGCUCUGUCCCUUCGACACAGGUUGAUAAAAAUUCUUUACCAGACAGCACCGUGAUUGACAAUGCUCAGCUUAAAGAACAACUGAACCAGACUGAGAUUGAAUCUGUGAGUAAUUUGAAAGAGCAGCAUUUGCUGGAAAUUACUAAUGCCCAGCCUAAAAUAUCUGAUAGAACAGAAUCAUUGGGGACUUCAGAAUUAAAGGAUUGUGAAACAAAUGACAGGAUUUUACAGCAAAAAAAUUUAGAACAAAAUAUUGAGAAGACAGAAGUUGUUAGUAAUAAAUGUUGCUCAUCUACUGAUGAUCAGCCAGUUCUUAAUUCUAAAGAAAUUGCUAAUGUAUCUAAUACACAUUUCACCAAAGAGCCUUCAACUUGUAUAAUCCAAAAUAUUGAACAAGCAGAGAGCGAGGUUAUUUUUGAUGAGGCAGUAUCUGUGAAAUACCUAGAUGACCAGUUGUCUGAACUUGUAGAAGAAUUUCCUUAUGGUAUUGAAAGUACAGACAUGCACAGUAUUAUGCCAACAAAAAAUAAAAAUUCGUCACUGCAACUAACCAUGGACCCAGUUAUUAAAGAUAAAGAAACUGGCAUCAAAAGCAGUUGUGACUCUGAAGAUCCAGUAAAUCAAAUUAAAAUUACAAUGUUGAGCUCAAAGCACAUGAAAGAAUUGUUCCCUAAAGAGAAUAAAGAGAUCUGCAAGGGAGAUGACAAACCAGACAAACUGGAAAAUUCUCAGAAAAAGGAAUCGAUAACAAAAUUGCAGAAUCAUUGUGGUUCAGAUAUAAAAGCUAAAAGAGAUGUUUCAGAUAUAAAAGCUAAAAGAGAUGUCAAACAGGAUUCCUCUACAGGAAAAGAUGAUGCUCAUUGCUGUGCAUUAGGUUGGCUAUCUACAGUUUAUGAUGGAGUGCCCCAAUGUUUGUGUAAUUCUAGAAAGGCCAUUACAACAGAAGAGAAGCUUGAUGGCCAGAGUUCACUUUCAGAAAGCCUGAGUUAUAAAGGAGACCCAGCUACUGAUAGGACCAUCCUUGCUACAAAAAUUAAUAGUCCAUUAAAGAAUAACUUGGAGAAUUCUCUGGCAUAUCCUGAAGAGAAAAGAACUUUGCUUGAAAUGGAAAAAGAUGAAAUAAAAUGCUCACCAAAGGCCAUAGAGAAAGAUAAACCUAGUUUUUCUUCAAGUAACAAAAUGGUAAAAUAUAAUGAAAGAAAUUCUCAAGAAAAUCCACAGAAGAUACUUAAGGCAAGAAAUUUAAUCCCUUUAAAUGGAGAAAAGAAAAAAUCACAUUUUUGGUCAAUUAAAAACAAAGAAUUUAUUAAGAAGGAAUGUUCUUCAAGAGAUUUGAUAUCAACAGAGAAAUUAAAGCGGAAAUUUCAGUCAGGUUGCUCAAAAUUUAAAACUCCAAAAUGCAAGUUGGAACAACCUAAUGUAUCUAAUACAGAGCAGAAAAAGAAAAAAUAUGAGCUAGAACAGAAAACAUGUAUAGUAAAUGGGUCUAAAUUGUGUGAGUCUCUUUCAAACAUGAAUGAAGAAAAUUCUUCUGAAGAAAAAGGGUCUACAGAUGCAAAGUCCACAAACUUGGAAACAAAUAUCCACCAGAGUAUAAUGAACACUUCAAAUGUGAACUUAAACUCUUCCAAGUCUAACAGUAGUAUAUGUAAAAUUAAUAAAGUUCUUUCUUCUCAAGAUUAUUUUCAGAGGCCAAAGCAAAAAGAAAAGAUUGGUAGUGGAGACUUAAAGCAAAGACAUGGUAAAGGAGACUUAAAACAAAGGCAUGAAAGUGAGAAAUUUAAAAAAAAUAGGCCACAUGUUUCUGAAGGUGUGUGGCGCAACAAACUCACUAUAAAACUGGUUAACUGUGCAAAAUCAAAUGAGGCACACAAUGUAAGGAAAUAUAAAAGAUCAUCAGACAAUCUAACACACCAUAAUAAAGCCACUAAGUCUCACAGAAACAAGAUCCAUCAUUCAAAAGAGUCCAAAAUGUGUGGCAUUGCAAGGAAUGUGCAAGAAAAAGUUGGCGAAAAACAGCUUGAUAAUGUUGUUGUUUUAAACAGAAAAGUUAACAAAUAUAACCAAAUUCCUCUCCAAGGAAAGGAUCAAAAGGAACAAAAAAAACUUUAUUUGAACAGAGUUGCAUUUAAACGCACUGCACAAGAAAGUAUUUGCCUAACAAAAUUAGACUGUUCACCCAGGAGUUCUGUAAAGCAACUUAAAAGUGGUAAUGAGUCCAACCAAGAUUCAUUUUCACUUGAGAAGAAUAAAUUUGGAAAACCAAGAAUGCUGGAAUUUAAGUUAUGUCCAGAAGAACUGUUUAAGAAUGGAAACAGUGAAGAAAAAACAGAUUUUAAGUCUUUUCCCAGGAAGGAGCAAGUUCCUGUACAAGGUAUAAAAAGUACAAAAGAAGACUGGUUAAAAUGUAUUCCACAGAAGAAAAGGAAAACAGAAGCAGUCAAAGAUAAAGAUGACAAUGCUCUGUCUCAUUCAAGAGUGUACAAGAGAACAUUGAGUGUGGAUGGAUGCAAGUCUGUUCAAAACCCACCAAAAGACUCCAAAACAAUGUUUCAGACCUACAAGAAAUUAUAUAUGGAGAAAAGAAGUAGAAGCCUAGAUGACAGUCCUACAAAGUAAUGAUCUUUGUUAGAUAAGUUUAGUGUGGUACCGAAAAUGUCCAAAUGCUAUUCCUUCCAAGGGUUGAUUAAAUUCUAUUCUUUUCUCCUUUUAAAAAUUCAAUUCCAUAGCUGGCAGUGGAUUCACUGUUACAAUUAUGAAGGCUUUCCAUUCGUAAAUUUAUUUGUGACUUAACAUCAUUUGGAAACAUCUUAUUUGUAUGGGGAGAAAGUUCAAUGUUUCUUUGCUGAGAAAAAGAUCAAAGAAAUUGAUGCAAAGAAAACUGUGCUUAACAGGAAAACCAUAAAGUAUUUUAGCUGCUACAUUGUUGAACCAAACAGAUGUAAUUACAGAGUAAUUGUUUUAAUUGUUUGAUUUUUUCUUAUUUUUAUAUUUCAAAUGCUGACUAGAGCUGUUAAAAAUUCAUCCUUAAAUUUGAGGAAAAGCUGUUCCUCAACAACUACUUGUACACUUUAAUUAGAAUUGCAAAAACAUUCUUAUGUUUAUAAGCUAUAUUAGCAGAUCUUUUGAAUUGUGAAUUUUUGAAAUAUAUUCUUGAGUAUUUUGUUAAAAGUGCCAUUUUGUACUGUUAAAUUUUGUACUGAAUUGUAAACUUUUCCCCAAAGUCUUGUUUUUUUACUUAUUACAUUGAAAAC